AUGCAGUCAUGGACCGGCAGAGGCAGCCGCUCACUCUUCUGGGCCUUGAGGUCACUGACUCGGCCUGCUGAACGACAUUUCACGACGACUCCGGUACUUCAACGAUCGAAGCGGAAUCAAAAGCCGAAGGCCAAUCCACGCGAGGAUAGCAGCAAUGGUGUCUUCGGCCAAUCCUUAAAGAAAAAGCCCUCUACACCUCGACAAUCUGUCCGACAGGAUAUUGCGGCGACGCGAGAUUUCACCCGAGUGGUGGAGACGGCUCUACGUGAUAUAAAAUACAGACUACAGAAUACAGGCCAGCUUCCAGAAACAUGGGGCCAAUUCGAGCGCCAGAUGAUCAAUGCCUGUCGCAUAGAGGAAGCCAAAGUGACUGAGAAACCAGGCACAGGAAGCCCCUAUCGUCGGAUCAAAGUGGCGCUGCAAAAGUCUUAUUUGCGAUCGGGAGAACAGGGUCUUCGAGAUGAACUGGAAUAUAUUCUUUACGCUGAUAGCAUGACUGCGUUAUACUCGACCCCGAAUUUGGAAGGACAGCGAGAAGUGGCCGAUUUCCGAUAUCCCGCAGAGUGGUACCCUCGCGCACGCUCGAUCCAACGGACGGUCCAUCUACAUGUCGGCCCGACGAAUUCCGGAAAGACUUACCACGCAUUGAAAAGGCUGGAAGAUUGCAAGUCCGGUUUCUAUGCAGGACCAUUAAGACUGUUGGCGCAGGAGGUAUACCAUCGCUUCAAGGAUAAGGGAGUCCCCGUCAGUUUGGUGACAGGAGAUGAUGUCAAGCUACCAGAAAAUGGAGAAACUCCCCGCAUCAUCAGCAACACGGUGGAAAUGGUCGGCAUGGGACGCGAGUUCGAUGUUGGAGUCAUUGACGAGAUUCAGAUGAUUGCCAAUCCUAAGCGAGGCUGGGCAUGGACUCGAGCUGUACUUGGAGCGCAGGUCAAAGAGUUGCAUCUCUGUGGCGAAACACGUGCUGUGCCACUCAUUCGCGAAUUGUGCGCUCUCACGGGCGAUAAUCUGGAGAUUCAUCGCUAUGAGCGGCUCAAUCCUCUCGAGGUGAUGCCCCAUAGUUUAAGGGGCAACUUGAACAAACUUGAGAAAGGCGACUGCAUAGUCUCUUUUUCCCGGGUUGGUAUUCAUGCUCUGAAAGCAGACAUUGAGAAGUUGACUGGGCGCCGUGUGGCUAUUGUCUAUGGUGGUCUCCCAGCCGAGAUUCGGACUCAGCAGGCCAGUCUAUUCAACGAUCCAGAUAAUGACUACGAUUUUCUUGUUGCAAGUGAUGCGAUUGGCAUGGGAUUGAACUUGAGCUGCAAGCGUGUCAUCUUCGAGACACUUAUCAAACGUACACCACAUGGCCUGCAACGUCUAUCGGUACCCGAGAUCAAACAGAUCGGCGGGCGUGCUGGUCGUUAUCGCCCGGCAAAUGCCCAGAAUAGCUCAGAAGACUCCUCUGAGCCUAAUAUUGGCUUGGUCACUUGCAUUGAAGAAGUCGACCUUCCUUAUAUCCAGCAAGCAAUGAACACGGAACCCCCGCCGCUUCGGGCUGCGGGAAUUUGGCCGCCUGACUUUGUCUUCCAAAAGUUUGCAGCUUAUUUCCCAAGGAGUGUACCCUUGGAGUACCUCAUCAAGCGGCUGAUGGAAAUCGCUCAAGUCGACCCAUUAUUCUUUAUGUGCGACUCAGACAGUCAGUUGGACAAUGCGGGGAUUGUUGAUACUGUGGAGGGAUUGCGGAUUCAUGACCAGCUCACGCUCAUAGCUGCACCCAUGGAAACCAAGGAUCAAUCGUCUCGCAUGAUUUGUGGGGCCUUUGCCGACUGUGUCGCCGAAAAUACGCGUGGUCGGUUACUGGACAUUCCCAGUCUCGAUCUUGAGAUUCUUGAACAGGGAGUCUCUGGAAACAAGGACUAUUUGCAUGCGCUAGAGAGUCUACACAAAGCCAUCAUUUUGUACUCGUGGCUGAGCUUCCGGUUUGGGGGCAUCUUUACGGACCGGACUCUUGCGGCCCAUGUGAAAGAGCUUGUUGAAGAGAGGAUGAUUCGAGCAUUGACCGAAUUCUCGGCUAACAAGAAGUUGCGAAGAAAUGCUUCCCUCAAGCGUCAGAUCGCGCUGCAGAAGCAGAAUCUUGAUCAGAUGCGCAUCAUUUCUGAUGAAGAUCUCAUGUCUCCUCACGGUGAAGGGGAAGCGCCAAUGCAAGUAGACCUGUCGAAAGACGAGUCUGCCGACAGCCAACCAACUUCAUCGGGUGGUGAAAUGUUGGACGAAAGUCCAGUGGAAGAAAGCUCCGGCGAUGCCUUCAAAGAUGACCUCCCGGAGGACGACCUCGUCGAAGACUCGAGAAAGGCUUCGAAGGCCGAAGGAUCUUGGCCAUCGAGUCAAGUCUCUCAGCAUGACUGA